AUGGGUUAUGUGAUUGGCCUUGACCUCAGCAACAGUUUUCUCCACUGUUCUAUCAACUCAAGCAGUAGCCUCUUCAGCCUAGUUCAGCUUCAGAGACUUAACCUUUCUUGUAAUGAUUUUGAUUACUCUUACAUUCCACCAGAAAUAUGCCAUCUCUCAGAGCUAAUAAGUCUCAACCUUUCCUCCUCUGUAUUUUCUGGCCAAAUCCCUUGGGAAAUCUCAAAAUUAUCCAAAUUCGUUUCCAUUGAUCUUUCUUUCAGUGUUGACUCAUCAUUUUCAGGACUACUGAAACUUGAAAAGCUUGGUCUCAGAAGCCUACUUCAAAACUUGACUAACCUCAAAGUGCUUCGUCUUAAUGACGUGAGCAUAUCUUCUGAAGUACCUGAUACAUUGGCGAACUUAACUUCCUUGACGACUCUCGUCUUGGAAAAUUGUGGGUUGCGUGGCUUUAAGCAACAUCCAGAUAUCCUUCCAUGGGAUAAUUUAAUCAUUUUGCACCUUUCUUAUAACAUGAUGAAAGGACCACUGCUAAUUCCACCACUAGCUACCCAAUCUUAUUGUGUUGCAUAUAGCGGAUUAACCAGAGAACUUCCGCCAUUGAUCUGUCGAUUGAGAUCUCUUUACACACUUGAUUUGUCUAGUAACAACUUGACUAGAACUAUUCCGCCAUGUUUGAGUACCUUAAGUGAUUCUUUGGGUAGUGGUAAUAAAUUGCAGGGGAAGGUGCCAAGAUCAUUAGCAAGUUGUACUGAGCUUGGGAUUCUUGAUCUCUCACAUAAUUUGAUUGAAGAUACAUUUCCUUUUUGGUUAGGAGAUCUUACAAAGUUACUGUUGGAACAAUCUUCUGUGUUGCUCAUGAGCUUGAUGAAAGAAGAAGAAGCAAUUGCUGCUCAGGGAUGGACUAUGAAACAUUGGAGCUUAAAGAAGUCUCAAAGCGCCAUACAUUCAAACCUUGAACGUAACCUCAAAAGUGCUUCGUCAUUAAUGAGUGAAGAGCAUUCUUCUAAACAAUACCUGGAUGUGAUUGGGCAGGUUUGUUUCAGGUUCGGUGUGGGUUUAGAACCCAAGAGUUGCUGUCCAGAGAAAGAUACAAAUAACAUCUACAGGAGUUCUAGCAAGAUGAUCAUCAUUUUUGCUGAACCUUUGUCAAGGCAAUUUGCUAGCAAAUACUUUCAAAAUUGGAUUGCAAUGAAAUUUUUUGAUGUCAACAAGAUGACAUAUAUGUACGCACCCAUAGAAAUUCCCCUAAAUAUCAGCCUUCCAUGGACUUCUAUCUAUUACUUCAACAUGAAUAUUACAAACAAAGGUGUAAAUAUAGAAUAUAAGUGUAUGCUGAAUAUCUUCACUGCCAUUGAUCUUUCAAGCAACAAAUUUGAAGGGGUGAUUCCAGAAUUUAUUGGAAACCUUAAGGGCCUUCAGGUGCUCAACCUUUCCAACAAUGACCUUAAUGGUGGAAUGCCAUCAUGCUUGGGGAACCUAACAAACCUUGAAUCUUUGGACCUUUCUCAAAACAAGCUCCCAGGAGAAAUCCCUCAGCAACUAGCACUUCUCACUUUCUUUGAAUUUUUAAAUGUGCCAAAUAACAAUUUCACUGGACCCAUUCCACAUGGGAAACAAUUAAACACAUUUGAGAACAAUUCCUAUGAGGGGAAUUUAGGAUUGUACGGAGACCCUUUGUGA